AGCCCGGGCUGUGGGGUGAGCUCCGAUCUGAGCAGACUCCGGACACGGCUGGAGGCGGAUCUGGGGGCCUCAUGAAUGGGGAUUUAGCAGCUGGGAAGAUGGCUUCCUCCCCCGGCCCCGUGGGACCCCUCGGCAGCCUGGAGCUCCUGGACCUCCUGUUCGAUCAGCAGGACGGCAUCCUGAGGCACGUGGAGCUCGGGCAGGACUGGGACCGCGGCGGGGAGCAGGUCCUGCCAGGCCCGGACUCUGAUGAUUUCCUAAACUCCAUCCUGGCUUCCGGAGACUCGAUGCCCAGCUCCCCGAUCUGGUCCCCUGCAGCCAGCGACAGCGGCAUCUCCGAGGACCUGCCCUCCGACCCCCAGGACAGCCCUCCGCGUGGUGGGGCAGCCUCCACCCCCCCAGGCCGCCCCCCCUACCAUCCUGGACCCUCCUGCCUCACCGGCCCCCCUGGACCAGUGGCCCAAGUUCUGGACGCGUCUGUGGCCAUAGACUUGGAACUGUGGAACCCGGGCCUCUGUUGCGGGGAGCAGGCCGAGCGGGCCAACCCGCCUCCGUGCUGCGCCCUCACAGUGAAGGACCUCCUCCUCUCCGGCAGCGGCGGAGACCCGCAGCAGCACCCCCUGGCUGCCCCUCACCUGACCCGGCCCGCGACGGAGCACCGCCAGGAGCUGGUGCUGACCGAGGACGAGAAGAAGCUUCUGGCCAAGGAAGGCCUCACCCUGCCCAGCCAGCUGCCCCUCACCAAGUAUGAGGAGCGAGUCCUGAAAAAAAUCCGCCGGAAAAUCCGGAACAAGCAGUCGGCCCAAGAGAGCCGGAAGAAGAAGAAGGAAUACAUCGAUGGCCUGGAAACUCGGAUGUCAGCCUGCACCGCCCAGAACCAGGAGCUUCAGAGGAAGGUCUUGCACCUCGAGAAGCAGAACCUGUCCCUCUUGGAGCAGCUGAAGAAACUCCAGGCCAUUGUGGUCCAGUCCACUAGCAAGUCGGCCCAGACAGGCACCUGCAUAGCGGUCCUGCUGCUCUCCUUUGCCCUCAUCGUCCUGCCCUCCAUUAGCCCUUUCGUCACCAACAAAGCCGAGAGUGCUGGGGACUACGCACCAGUCCGAGUUUUCUCCAGAACUUUGCACAACGACGCGGCGUCCCGUGUGGCUCCCGACGCCACACCAGGGUCCGAGGUCCCAGGACCAUGGCCCAAAGCUGGCGCAUCACAGGAAGGGUCCCCUGGCAGCCCCAGGGUGGACUGGGAAUCUCAGGGCACGUCGGCUCUGGACAACUUGACGGAGGAGCUGGACAACUCGACCCUGAUCUCGGACAACUCGACAGAGGAACUGAGCCGGGCCACCCUGCUGGACUGGACUGCGGCUGAGUCGGCGCUCAGUCCUGGGCGCGUGGGAUUGGAGGCAGCAGGGGGGGAGCUGUGAGCACCGUCCGAUGUGCCCCCAGGCCUCUCUGCUUAGGGGCCCUUCUGUGGACAGCGACAGGCAUGGGGGGUGAGGAGGGAGCCUGGCGGACGUGCCAGGAUGGAGACGCACGAACUCACAGCCGUACACUCGUGGACCCAAGUACACACAGGACCCGCUCAGAUACGGGCAACCACAGGGCCGCAGAGCCUGAGAAAUACAGGCCCAGGCAAGGAAAGAAACAGGCACAUGCAGAUUGAUCCACAGGCCCAGACAGGCACACGCACACACCACGCCUCAACAACUCUCCUGCCCCGGGACUCCUACCUGCCCCCUGCGCACAGGGAAGAGAAAUUGGCUGCGCCUGCAGGGACCCGGGCCCCAGAACCAUAGCCCACCGCCGCCCCUCUUUUCUAAGAUUACAGUGAUCCUUAAUAAAGUAUUUUGACAGAA